AGGGGAGCCGGCGGAGGAGGGUCAGCCGCGGCGGCAGGGGCGGCGGCGGCAGCGGCGCAGCUCCGUUCCCUGCGCGUCUCCCGUCCCCGCGUCCGGACAGGGCGCGCAGCCCCGCCACCGGGAUGCGGCCGUCUGCCCGCCGCGGCCGCCGCCUGGCGCUCCCGGCACUGCUCUCGCUGCUCACCUGCUCCCUGGCUUUUGCUUUGGUUUCUAAAGAUGUGAAGAAGGAAGUCAAACAGUCUAAGAAUUUGGAGAAAAGUGGUAUAUCAGAGAAAAAUGACAUAGAUUUAAAAGGAAUUGCAUUUGUCAUCCAGAGUCAAAGUAAUUCUUUUCAUGCAAAGAAAGCAGAACAGUUAAAACAAAGCAUCUUAAAGCAAGCUGCAGAUCUUACACAGGAAGUCCCCAGAGUCCUCCUCCUUCACCAGCUGGCUCAGCAGGAAGGCGCGUGGACCAUACUUCCGUUGUUACCGCACUUUUCUGUAACAUAUAGCAGAAAUUCAUCAUGGAUUUUCUUCUGUGAAGAAGAGACAAGAAUACAAAUUCCACAACUCUUAGAAGCACUCAGAAGAUAUGACCCAUCAAAGGAAUGGUUUCUAGGAAAAGCAUUACAUGAUGAAGAAUCCACAAUAAUUCACCAUUAUGCCUUUUCCGAAAAUCCUACAGUUUUUAAAUAUCCAGACUUUGCUGCUGGCUGGGCCCUUAGUAUUCCACUGGUAAACAAGCUUACCAAGAGAUUAAAGAGCGAGUCCCUGAAAUCCGACUUUACAAUAGAUUUAAAACAUGAGAUCGCUCUCUACAUCUGGGACAGAGGUGAUGGACCGCCCCUCACUCCUGUGCCUGAGUUUUGUACAGACGGUGUGGACUCUUCCUGUGCCACCACAUUUCAUUCUUUUCUACCGCUUUGUGGAAAUCCAGUGAAGAAGAAGGAUAUUUUUGUUGCAGUAAAGACAUGCAAGAAAUUUCAUGGUGACAGAAUCCCCAUCGUAAAGCAGACUUGGGCGGGGCAGGCAGGUCACAUCGAAUACUACAGCGAUUACGCAGACAGUUCCAUUCCAACGGUGGAUCUGGGAAUUCCUAAUACAGAGAGAGGUCAUUGUGGAAAGACAUUUGCCAUCUUGGAAAGAUUUCUGAAUCACAGCUAUGACAAAAUAGCAUGGUUAGUCAUUGUGGAUGAUGACACAUUAAUAAGCAUCUCCAGGCUCCAGCACCUACUGAGCUGUUACGAUGCCAGUGAACCCGUGUUUCUGGGAGAGCGUUACGGCUACGGCCUGGGCACCGGCGGCUACAGCUACGUCACAGGAGGAGGAGGCCUCCCGGGUGCUCCUGAGGCCGUGGAGCGAAAGCCUCUAGCGGGUCUCCUUCCGCCUUCCCGCCCCCAGACCCACGUUGCCCGCUUGCCGCCUCCGCGGGAAGGGCUCCUCCCAGGAAGCACCCGGGCUCCACGUCAUCCAUCUCUUCAACAGUUCCGUAGCUUAAUGAUGGUCUUCAGCAGAGAGGCAAUCAGGAGACUUCUCGCCAGCAAGUGUCGCUGCUACAGCAAUGACGCUCCUGAUGAUAUGGUCCUGGGGAUGUGCUUUAGUGGGUUAGGAAUCCCUGUGACACACAGCCCUCUCUUCCAUCAGAUUCCAGAAGUGAUUAAUUGCCUCUCAGGAGUCAUCUCUGCAAGUGAAGAGCUGGAUUAUUAAGCAUUAGAAUGUGCUAAUCAUUUCUGAUAAAUGAGGUCAUGGAAAAGAACAAGACAAAACUAGAAGAGUAAAAUGCAUCCAAAGAGGCAUCUGUGAUGCUGAGAAGUCUGUAAUCAACCUCUGUGCCCAAAAUGCCAAAAGGAAAUCCCAGACAGGCAGGGUCAGUGUGAGCAAGGAGGACUUAGGAGCAGAGGCGGAGCAGGGUGGGAAGCUGUACACGAGAAAGAGAGCUGGCUUAACCUGCAUGAGAGGGACAGAAAUUGGGCAAAAUGUCAACCUUCUUAUCUGUAAAGAUUAUAGCACACUGAACAGUGUAACAAAUGGAGACUGAUUGUAUUUUAGACACACUUUUUUUUUUUUACAGCUGUACUGAGGUAUGAUUUAUAUACCAUACACAAUUCACACACAGUAAUGGUGUGAAUGGUACCUUGAAAAUUUUUAGCAAAUUUCCAGAGCUAGGCAACCACAAACCCGGUUUUAAAACACUAGGAUCAUGCCCCCCAAAUUCCCUUGCGUGAAUCUGCAUUCAUUCCCCACCCCCAUUCGCAGACCCAGGACACCACUGAUUUGCUUUGUCUCCGUAGUGUUUCCUUUUCUAGGCUUUCCCUACUCUGAAAGACAUGCCUAAUUCCAAGUUAAGCAGCAGACGGGCAGUAGGGAUGCCCAAAAUUCCUUGCCCCACCUCGCCACACAACCAUGUAUGGCCAAAGUUUCUUUAGUUUCUUUAGACCUGGGAAAUAAGUUUUUCUGCCUCUUUGCAGAAGUCAUAAUAGUAACUUAAAUGACUUACCAAGGAAAACUUUUCAUAGUUAUUACCACAGUUGAGGAAUAUCCCAGAGGCAUGACUGUGGAACCUAGAAGCAAAAAGCGAUGCAUUUGGGAUACGAAAGUAAUUGGAGAUGCAGAAGCAAAGACAGGGCAGCUCCCUCUGUCUCAUCAGAUAGGAACACACGUCGUCGCAGAUGGAGGCAAAUGGGAGUUUAAUCUGGUUUUCCUUUCCCUAUUAGAGGGAAGAUUUUAGUGGAAAAGAUUUUCCUUCUUGCUUUUAGAUUCCCAUAGCCAACAUCAGAUAUUGAAGGAGAGCAAUCGUUUCAUGCAUUUAAAUGCUAUUCUGAAGCAAAAUUGUUUUCGAUGAGUGAGAGAGCGGGAUUCUCUGUUCUUCCUGCAGGCUCGGCCUGUGGAUUACCCUAAGGACUACCUAUCUCACCAAGUUCCCAUAUCGUUCCACAAGCACUGGAACAUCGAUCCCGUGAAGGUCUAU